GGAUUUCUGGCGAAUUCCAUUCGUGUUCCUCCUCCAGUCCUCUUCUUCUUCUUCCUCCUCCUCUUUGUACAGUCACUGCCACUAACAGCUUCACGCGGAGCUCCCCAAAGCCUCGACUUUGAUCAGAAUAAGAGAUACCCAGAAGGAAUUUCCGCAACCUGAGCGAUGAUUUCGGGGACAGUAGUCCCGACCCACUUCAGCUGCAGGCCUUGUCAUUUCCCUGUCAACACCCCAUCAUGGGAAGAAGCUCUCAGAGUUGGAUUUUCAAGAGCAAGAGCAUCGCCAAGCAGUUCCUCUUUUUCCCCAUUUCGUCUUAUUAAGCGUAGCCACCGGCAUCAUCUUAGGAAGUCCGACACUAGCUCUGCAGUGAUAGCUCGGGUCAGUGGAGAUGGUGGGGGUGCCCCCAAUGCGUCCCAGAAGCAGUCUGAGUCUCCUGAUAUAGAGGAAGAAAACAGUACUUCAUCUAGUUCAGCUGAUGGGUACGUGGCUCUGUUUGUUCGAAUGCUCGGGUUGGACCAGGACCCUCUGGACAGGGAACAAGCAGUGGUAGCUUUGUGGAAAUAUUCUUUGGGAGGAAAGAAGUACAUUGAUUCUAUUAUGCAGUUCCAUGGGUGCAUAAACCUGAUAGUUAAUCUACUCAAGUCCAAGUCAGGCUCAACAUGUGAAGCAGCUGCAGGUCUAUUAAGGUCUAUAUCUUCGGUUAAUAUAUACAGAGAGAAGGUAGCUGAUGCUGGAGCAAUAGAGGAAAUAACGGCUUUGCUAGCUCGACCUUCUUUACCUUCUGAGGUGAAGGAGCAGAGUCUGUGUACCUUGUGGAACCUCUCCGUGGAUGAGAAGUUCAGAUUACAAAUAGCUAGUCCUGAUGUCCUUCCAAUAAUAAUUGAUUUAUUGGAUGAUGAAGACUUGAAAGUGAAGGAAGCGGCUGGAGGGGUUAUGUCCACUUUGGCGCUGAGCCAAUCGAAUCAUAACACAAUGGUUGAAUUAGGUGCUAUAUUGAAACUGGCGGCAGUCUUGAGAACGAACGAGGAAGGGUGGAAAGUCAUCAGGAAGGAGGCCAGAAACGCUCUCUUGGAGCUGGCAAAGAAUGAUUAUUAUAGAAUUCUUAUAAUUGAGGAGGGUUUGAUGCCUGUACCUAUGGUUGGUUCUGCUGCUUAUAAAUCCUUCAAGCCAUCUUUGCAUUCUUGGCCUAGCUUACCUGACGGUACUGAGAUCGAGCAAACUUUUAAGGAACCUUCCCGUUUUGGGGCUUCAGAAUUGCUUCUUGGGCUGAAUAUAAGUGAGAAUGAUGCAAACAUUGAGGAAGCUAAGAUGAAUGCAUUAAUUGGCCGUACCCAACAACAGUUCCUUGCACGAAUUGGUGCUAUCGAAUUGGAUGAUGAGAAAAAAACGCAAUUGGAAGCCUCCAGUAAGACCGGAUUAACACUUUUACCAUGUACUGAUGGUGUGGCUAGAUUGGUCUUAAUUCUCGGGCUUGACGAUGAGGGGGCAGUAUCACGAGCUGCAGAAGCAAUAGCUGAUUCUUCAAUCAAUGAGUUUAUGAGGGUAUCCUUCAAAGAAGCUGGAGCAGUCAAGAUUUUGGUUCAACUUCUGGAACGGGAUAAUGAUGCUAUUCGGUCAUCUGUAACUCGUGCACUGGAGAGAUUAUCACUUAGUGUGAGUGUCUGCCAAGCAGUAGAGGCUGAAGGUGUUAUAUAUCAUCUCGUUAAGAUUCUGAAGGAGAAAGAAAUCCCCGAGAGCCUGACUGAAAAGACUUUGAACAUACUUGCACGGAUUCUAAAUCCUAGUAAAGAGAUGAAGUUAAAGUUUUAUCGUGGACCAGUUAAUAAAUCUAACCGGGGUUCGGAAGCAGGAGGGGAAACUUAUUAUUCCAACAGGAAAGAAGUCUUUGACUCUUCUGUCAUUUCCCGCCUUGUUGAGAUCAUGAAGAGUUCAAACCUGAACUUACGGCGAAAAGCAGCUUCUAUUCUCGAAUUUGCAACAACUAUUGACUCAUGCAUGGACAUGAUCAUAUCAGCAGACAUUGAAUCUGGUCUCACAGCAGUUUUUCAGCAGACAAAUUUGGAUGCAGAUACUGAGUCUGAUGCAGAUCUGGAGGAGCCGGAAAAAUACGCCCUCGAGGUUGAAGAAAUGGGCCUCACUGUCUCUGCUGCAUCUCGUCUACUGACAAAACUCCUAGACUCUGCUAGUUUCUGCCAGAGACUGAACUUCACCCAUCUCACCACAUUGUUACGCAAAACCUUAAGAUCUAGCAUUCCUGUCACCUGCAAGGACUGGGUGGCUGCCUGCCUUGUAAAGCUGAUCUCUCUCUCCGGGACCACGAAAGGGCUUGAGGAGGACCUGAUAAGCACGGAGGUUACUCUGUAUGAAACAAUCCCAAGGCUUAUACAGCAGUUGGAGAGCUCUACGUCUGAGGAAGCUCGCGAAGGAGCGGUGGUGGAGCUCAACAGGAUAGUGUCCAAAGGGGUGGCAGGAUCCACCAGAGCAAUCGCCUCUCAGGGUGGGAUAUUUCACCUGGUAAAGCUUCUGGGAGAAGGACCAAGUGAAAGGGCCUCGCAAGCGGCCUUGGCGGUGCUCUAUAGUCUGAGCAUGGAUGCCGAGAAUCACGAGGCGAUUGUUGCUGCUGGAGCUGUGCCUAUCCUGAGGAGGAUUGUGCUGGCAGAGAGGCCAGAGUGGACUCGGGCACUGAGGUUGCUAAGGAAUUUGCCAGUGUAAUGUCGCCAAGGAAUUUGCGGCGGUGAGACUGCAGGAGCUGAGACUUGGUUGUGAAAAAUUCAUGUUGCUAUGUAUUGAAUAUUCAGCAAAUUGCUGCCAAUUUUGAAAACAAUACAUGGUUACACACCCAUAUAUAAGAAAGUCACUGUUUCGGAUA